AUGUCAUCAGACUACACCUAUGAUGAACAGGGACAAUUCUUCCCCUUCUUCAUCCUGACCUUGAGUGGCCUGGUCACCCUCCCUUUAACCUAUAACCUCCUCCGCCCCAGCAAAGACCUUGAAAACACCGCACCCCGCAUUAAAUCAGACUUCAAACCACAACAUGCCGACCUCGUCGAGGCACAAAAGCGCAAGCGUCUGCGGAAAGAGCGCCGAAUUAAGCGCAUCAUUACUGUUAUUGUCGGAUAUAUCGUGAUGGCGUGGAUGGCUUAUUUGAUCCUGGUUACGGCCAGGACAACCACGAAGUUGUACGAUCCGUAUGAUAUUUUGGGUGUUUCGCGGAGCGCGGACGAGAAAGCCAUCUCCCGCCACUAUAAGCGCCUCUCCCUGAUAUACCACCCUGACAAGAUCCGCCCCGACCCCGCCAAAAAUGAGACUAUCGAAAUGCUCAACGAGCGCUUCGUCGAACUCACCAAGGCCUACAAGGCCCUGACCGAUGAGGAAAUUCGCAACAACUACCUUCAAUUUGGCCACCCCGACGGCAAGCAGAGCUUUAGCAUUGGCAUUGCUCUUCCUAAACUCAUUGUGAUGGAGGGUAACGGCAAGUAUGUGCUCUUGGUCUACGGAGCUCUACUGGGAGUUCUGCUGCCAUAUAUUGUUGGAAAGUGGUGGUACGGCUCUCAGCGCUACACCAAGGAGCGUGUUCUCGUCGCUAGUGCUGGAAACAUCUUCCGCGAGUUCAAGGAUGACAUCACGGACGGUGGCAUUGUCGGUGCCCUGUCUUCUGGUGAAGAGUUCAAGGAUAUGCUGAGGGGUGCUCAGGCCGAGACUGGCCUGGCCAAGUUGGAGACAAAGGUUUUGGCUGAAAACUCUUCGCUUUCGGCUCAGGACCGUGAGACAAUCAAGAAAUUGGACGACUCGGCUCGCCGAAAGGCGCUUGCUUUGUUGUGGGCCUAUCUCGAAAGAAUCGACCUGGGCGAUGCCUCGCUUGACUCGGAAAAAUACGAAGCAGCUCCCAUUGCUCUCUCUUUGGGUGAGGCAUUCACUGCUAUCUCGUUGGCAUUCGGCAAUCUUCGACCUAUCCUUGGUGGUUUCCAGACCUCUCAGAACCUGAUUCAGGCGGUGCCCCCCAGCGCCUCCCCGCUCUUGCAACUUCCCAACUUCACUGACGCUGUGGUCAAGGCCGUGGAGGGAGAACACUCCAAGAACCAUUUGAAUGUUCAAAGCUUCAUGAAGAUCCCCGAAGUCGAACGACGCAAACUCACUGUCGGUACCGGUCUCCUGUCCGAGAAGCAAUAUAUCGAUGCCAUCUCGGUUGCACAACAAUUACCCGCUCUGGAAGUUUCCAAGGCAUUUUUCAAGGUCAUGGGAGAGAAGGUUAUCACGCCCAGCAGUCUGGUACAACUGGUCGUGAAGGCACGGUUCGUUCCUCCGGGAUGCACAGAUGUGCCUCCCGUAAAUGAGCUGGAUCUUGAGGACGUUGACCCAGACGAGGAUGAUCUGGAUGCGCUGAUGGGCCGCAAGCCGGCCAAGAACCGCGCUACUAAACUCGUGGACGGCAAGAAGGUUGAGAACAAGGUUGAGACCAUCCAACCGCCUCUGGCCCACGCCCCCUACUUUGCCCGUGAUCACUCCCCCCGCUGGCACAUCUUCCUCGCCGAUGCCAAGCAAGGCAAGAUGGCCGUUCCUCCCUUCACUUUCACCACCUUCGACAAGCCCAUCCUUGAUGAGGCCGGCAAGCCCACCUUCAACAUGCAAACUCUCAAGAUGCAAUUCCAAGCCCCACCACAGGUCGGUGACUUCAACUUUGUCAUGAACAUGGUCUGUGACAGCUAUAUGGGUCUCGAUACCAAGCUGGAAGUGACUCUGCACAUCGACGAUCCCGCCAAGGCGGCAGCCUUGGAAGAGGACGACGACAUCAGCGAACCGGAUGAGGACUCGAUUGCCGGCCAGAUGCACGCGCUCAAGACCGGCCAAGCCCCGAAGAAGAAGACCAAGAAGGCUUCCGACGACUCCAGCGACGAGAGUGACACUGAUGGUGACGCAGGCGAUACCAGCGACACCAACACGGAAACGGAGGAUGAGGAUUGA